AUGAAUCAAAACUCUGAAUCUCCAAUUGUGGCAUGCUUUGCAGUGGGUAAACCACCCAUUUACGAGAGUCAUUCAAGUGUACAUAGAACAGUUUUUGUAUGGUCUCUGACUUCUCUUCCUGCAACGCGAUCUUUCCGGAUAAAUGUGCCUUAUGACCACGCGACCAGGGUGUGCUGGUCCCCAGAUAACAAGGCGCUGCUGGUUCACACGUACCAGGAAUCAACGAUCAUGGUCUUCAAACUGGACAAGUGCAAGAAGGACAAGGAAUCCUGGUUCAGCGGAGCUAAUAAUGCUAUUACGUUUCCUAAGGUUUUCGAUUCAGAAUGCAUUGGUCUGCAAAUUUCGAGCGAUGGCCAUCAUGUGAUGUCUUGCUCUAAAGAUGGAAAAUUGGUUUUGUUUGAUACAAAAGGAAAUGUUACGCAAAAAAUCGAAGAUACUGGACUUGGUUCGAAUCAUUGUGCUCGGUUGUCACCAAACGCUAAAUUUGUAAUAGUCUGUGGAUUCUCACCAGAUGUGAAACUUUGGACGAUUGGCGACGAUAAGGAUAAGGCAUCGGCAAGACAAAAUCCUUCAUCAGGCAGCGAUAGCAGUUUGAAAAGAGCUUUUGAACUUACCGGACAUUCUGGUUCCGUUUGUGAUGUCGCUUUCGAGAUGCAGACACUCCAAGUUGCCAGUGUUUCGAAGGCUGAUGGAUGGCGUCUUUAUGACAUCGAUGUGAAUUACAAGAAGGGUCAAUCUCCAAUUCUUCUGAAGAAGGCACCGUUCCAAAAUGCUUCAGGAAAUGUUGGCGCUGAUGAUGAAGUAUCGCACGUGGCCUUAUCGCCUGAUUCGAGUGUGAUUUGUGUUUCUCAGGGAAGCGACCUGAUGUUCUAUGAAACUGAAGGCGGAUCCUUAGACAGGUGCAUUGAGAAGGUCUACAGCACAGGUCCAAUCACUGGUGUCAAGUUUGAUUCAACUGGAAAGUAUGUUUUUUGUACCGGUGACAAGCAUGUCCGCAUAUUCCAUAAUGUGACUGGAUACAAAAUUGAAAUUAAAGAAAAUCUCAAUAAAUUGAAACACAAUACAGGUGUAAUGAAUUCUGCUACUAGUGAGAGAAUUUCUAAGACUAUUGAAGACUCGAGGAAGUUUUUGGAAAGUAUUGGAGAAGAAGAAUGGAAAUGA